UUCAUCCACUCAUUUACAUAAAUUACACACAGCUUUACUUUAGUAAGGUUAACUGCCUCAGCUCAUUCUCGUACGACAACUACACACAAUUAUUUUUUUUUUCUUUUUUCUUUUAUUGACUCUCUCUCUCUCUGUCUCUCUCUCUCGCCAAAUCUACACUCAUUUUCACACGCAUUUUCACAAACAUCUUGUACGCUUCCACAAUUCUCUUGCAAACCCACUUCCUAUUCUUCAUUGUUAAUUACAAUUCACUCUCACACAAAAAGAGAGUAUUUAUAUGAUGAAUGCGCGUGGUUCGCCACGUGAUCUGGGUUCCAAGGGGUUCAUUGCGAUGACGAUGAACACAUUUUCUAUGAUCUUGUUGUUUCUGAUAAGCGAAGUGGGUGCUUCGAUCCACGAAUACCAAAACGAAACCUUUAUGCGGCGCUCCAAUUCCUUCUUCUUCCAUGGUGGAAGUGAGGGACUCUACGCUUCAAGGGUUGUCCAACAACACUCUCAACCUUCCGAAGACAACAACUCCCUCAAUGGCAAAUCCUUCAUCAGGUUUGAGUCAAUCACAUUUCGGAGAACAAAAGAAUCUUCUGAGAAGAAGAAUGAUAUGCAGCAAAAUACAGGGUUGAUUGAGGCUAUCAUAGUCAAGGUGAGAGAUAGGAACAAUAUUGGGGGUGCUUAUCUGAACUCUGAUGCCAUAUGUUGCACUCCGGAACUUGCCAAGGAAAAUUCGUGCAAGUUAGGCGAGGUUAUCAUCCGUGAGAACCCGGAUGAUCCAAAUGGACCUAAACGUAUACAGACAUUUUUCGCCGGAAAGAAUGAGGAGUCUAAAAUGGUUAUUCAAACUGUUGACAUAAAGAGUACUGGAAUGUAUUACCUGUAUUUCAUGUUUUGUGAUCCUGAGCUGAAGGAUACGGUGAUUAGUGGAAGAACCGUAUGGAGAAACCCUGAUGGUUAUCUUCCUGGGAAGAUGAUGCCUUUGAUGACGUUUUAUGGUUUAAUGUCUUUGGCUUACCUUUUUCUUGGUCUUGUCUGGUUUCUCCGGUUUGUGCAAUAUUGGAAAGAUGUAAUACAAUUGCAUUACCACAUUACUGCUGUUAUUGGCCUUGGGAUGGUUGAAAUGGCUCUCUGGUAUUUUGAGUACGCGAACUUCAAUUCCACUGGAAGCAGGCCAAUGGGAAUUACAAUUUGGGCUGUUACCUUCACUGCUGUGAAGAAGACGGUCUCACGGCUUCUUCUCCUGGUGGUUUCCAUGGGUUAUGGUGUCAUGCGCCCAACGCUUGGUGGAAUAACCUCAAGAGUACUUCUUCUUGGUGUGAUGUAUUUUGUGGCCUCGGAAGCACUUGAACUAGUGGAACAUCUUGGUAAUAUUAAUGACUUUUCUGGAAAAGCAAGACUUUUUCUGGUGCUGCCUGUUGCUCUGUUGGAUGCAUGCUUUAUUCUUUGGAUCUUUCAGUCAUUAUCAAAAACCUUGGAGAAACUUCAGAUUCGGAGAAUUAUGGCUAAACUUGAGUUGUACAGGAAGUUCACAAAUUCCCUUGCAGUGACAGUGCUUCUGUCAGUUGUAUGGAUUGGUUAUGAGUUGUACUUCAAUGCAUCUGACCCUCUGAGUGAGCUAUGGCGAAGAGCUUGGAUCAUCCCGGCUUUUUGGACUUUGUUGGCUUACUUUCUCCUGCUAGUGAUUUGCAUUCUAUGGGCUCCAUCUCAAAAUCCAACCAGAUAUGCAUACUCGGAGGAAACAGGGGAUGACUUUGAUGAGGAAGCUGUCGCACUUGCCGGUGCUGCAGUUAAGGUGACUGGGGACAUGGCAAUUGUGCUAGAAAGAAAGGACCGAAAGACAUUGGUGGGUGCUGAUCGUCAUGUCUUCAGCCUUGAAGAUCGGGAGGAAGACAAGAAGGAAUGAUUCUGCCACACAUGUUCCUUUCGUUUUGAGCAGCUUCGGUAAUGUCAGAGCUCUUAGAAUGUUCAUGUUCUAUUCUUUGUUGUGCCUCUUUGUACUACUUACUUGGAAGGUCUUAACUCUUAAGAGGAAGAGAAAGUAACAAAAGCAACAAAAAGAUAGGGAAAAGGAAAAAGAAAAUAAAGAGGGAGGAAGCAAUGAUUUGCCAUUCAACAUGUAAAUUCAAGGCAAUUCAAAGAUGGCUAUUCGCCUAUUCCUUUUCAGUGGAGAGUAAACAGGAAAAAAAAAAGAAAAAAAAAAAAACUAACUGGUUUUGGCACAAAUGCGUAGUAUGGUGGGAAAGAAAUCUUGUCUUGUAGGAUUAUGAUUUAUGAUAUCAUUGUUGUUAUAUCAUAAAUUGGCUCAUGCAAGUUUGACCCUAGUUUUGCUUACCCUUCAAUAUGCUCUACUGGGGAUCCUAUUAGAAGAAAUAGAGGAAAGUGUUAUCAAUUAUUAUUGUAAAGAUAUUCUUCAUUAGAUAUCAUAAUGUCUUGUGUUCAAUUUUAA